AUGCGUCACUUAAAUUAUAUAUUAAGUCCCCUAGAUCAAUUUGAAGUAAGAGAUCUAUUUUCUUUAAAUGCUAACCUAUUAGGUAAUUUACAUUUAUCAUUAACUAACAUAGGUUUAUACUUAACAAUAAGUAUUUUCUUAAUAUUAACAUAUAGCUUAUUAUCAACUAACAAUAACAAAAUAAUACCUAAUAAUUGA